AUGCAUUUGGUUGUUUGUUUGCUGUUUGCAGCCCUUGCGGCCACAACUACGGCUCAACACUAUCGGCCUCUUCUGUUACCGCCCGCACCGCGCCUAGGUGAAUCGUAUUUUCCAUAUCAACUGAAGAGCUUUCGACAAGCAUUGGAUGAAUGUGCUGAAUAUCUAGUAGUACCACCGGAAGCCGUCGAACGUCUAAUUUCGUUCAAUUACGUCACAAAUGAGCCCGAAUUGAGAUGCUUGAUCCGAUGUACAGGCAUCAACUUGGGAUGGUGGAACGAUACAACUGGAGCCCAACAUCCAGUUUUGGAAAGUUAUUUCCUACCGGCUCCAGGUGACACCUGCUACGUGAGGCGUACCAGGGAGUGUCUCGAUUCCAAAAUAGCAAUAUGCCACGAUGAUUGUUCGAAAGCUUACGAGUCAUUUUUAUGUUAUUUCCAUCAAUACGGAAACCUGAAGUGCAAUAACGAAUACAUUCCAUUGCCUUCACUUGAAGCUGUGCAGGCAGCCGUGGAUUGCAUUAAUGUACUUCAAAUUCCAGGCGAGCUGCUCGAACAGUAUAGCAGAGGUGUCUUUCCAGAAUGUCAAGAAACCAAAUGCUUGUAUCGUUGUCAGUACAUAGCUGAGGGACUAUAUGACAGUAGACUUGGAUUUAAUUUACCCCGUAUCUACAUUCGCGAGCAUGAGAUCCCUGAUCUGGAACUAUUGAGCGAGAAUACAAAGGCCUGUACGGAACUGGCUCUGCGUGAAAAUUGUGAUGAGUGCACACGAUUUUUCCGGGCCCAUAAAUGCUUUUCAAGGUGUGGCGUUAUAGAUCACACAACUGCUGUUUUGGUGCAAGCAUCAUGGAUUGUACUCGGUCAGCACACUUGUCGACGACAAAACCCAUUUUAUUUAUUCCCACCAUACGCGCCGUUGCAGUCAUACGCUCCCUUGCAGUCCUAUGCUCCUCGGUACGUUCUACCUCCAGCGAGAAGUUGUAAGUUCUGUAAUAACUGA